GAGGGAUUCGGUGCCCCAAAUGACUCAGUAAUUUGCAAGUGAGCACUGCUGAACCUGAUGUAAGAAGCAAUCUGGCUGAAACUCAUUCAACCAGAGAACAAAAACAAUGAAUGCCCGGUGUGCCCUUGGUUUCCUCUGGUUGGCUUUUUUCUGCCAUGGUGCUCUGUCUUGCCCGGAUCUUUGCAAAUGCUACUCCAGAAGAGCUGAGGUGGUCUGUAACGAGGUUCCCCUGACAGAGUACCCCUCCGAGGGUCUCCCGAAGAACACCACCAUGCUGACAAUCCAGUUCACAAACAUCACCUCCAUCACUGAGGAGCAUCUGAAGGCCACACCCCUACUACAAGGGCUCCACCUGUACAGCAACCACCUGCAGCACCUUUCCUCCAAUCUUCUCAGAGGCGUUCAAAAUCUCGACACUUUGGAUCUCACAGGAAACAAACUGACUGAGCUGCCUGCAGAUGUCUUCAGCCACGCCCUGCUCCGCAGCUUGGUGCUGAAGAAUAAUCUGAUUGAGAAAACAGAUGCAGAUUGGCUUCUUGAUAACAGCAGCCUCACAUGGUUGGACUUAUCUGGAAAUCAGCUAAGAAAGUUCCCAACUGCUUUGCUCCAGAAGAUGCCGCACCUCGAGAACCUUGACCUCUCCAACAACCGUCUGGAGACGAUCUCUGCAAAUUCUCUACACCCGCUGGCCAAACUUGAGAGGCUAAACCUGCAGGACAACAAGCUAGACAACCUGGAUGCAUCUAUGCUUCAGAGCACCCGCAAUCUCACCCAUCUGUUCUUAUCUCGGAACAAGCUCAGCAAAAUCCCCGAAAACCUGUUCCAGGAGCUCAGUCAGGUCAGGAUCCUGAGCCUGGACGACAACCAGCUGAGCCACAUCCCUCCAGGUUCGCUGGACCAGCUGAGCUCCCUGGACGAGGAGGGUCUGGACCUGUCUGCCAACCCCUGGCUGUGUGAUGGGAAGGUGGAGUACCUCUGGAGGUGGAUUCAGAAGAACAAGAAGAAGAUUUUCCUGCCAGAGACCAUCAUAUGUGCGAGUCCUGAGUCUCUAUCAAGUCGCACAGUAAUGUCACUGACUGACAGUGAACUAAACCUUCAGUCUUAACAUUUUUUUAUCCUCACAUUGGUUAUUAUCUGAUAUGGUAAUUUACCCAAUUCAGCCUGUCACAGCUUUCUAACAUUUCAAUCAAUGAAAUAUUUUAUUAGUGUAACAUGAGUGUAUAAUUAAAUAUGAUGUGAGUUAAGCAUUUAA